CCCACUGCCCACAAUGAGGACUCACCUGCUUUGGCUGCUGCCCCUGACCCUGCUGGGAUUGCCAGCUCAGGCACUGAACUGUCAUGAGUGCAAAUCAACAGAAAGUUGCUACAACCCCACACCGUGCAACAACAGCAGCUAUUUCUGCAUGACCACCUGGCACACGCCCCCAGGCUAUGAAGUGGUUGUGAUAAAAGCUUGUGCAUAUAAAUGCCCCACUGCCCCAGAGAGCCUGCCCAACUCCAAGACCUCCUGCUGCAACACAGACCUCUGCAACAGUGCGGUGAGCCGCCGCGCCAGCUGGGGGCUGCUGGCCCUCGGUGUCUGCUGCCUCUACCUCAGACUGUAGGCGCAGACCUCCGUCCCACGUAGGCUCAUGAACCGCAGAGCUUGGAAUCCGGAGUUUGUUCCCAUCCUUAGGCAUGUGCUCUACCUCGGCCUCUAAUGGGGAGGAUUUCAGGAAAGAAGGCUUGUGGACUGGGACCCUAGGCGGAUACCUCGGUGGGGCUCUUGCUGCUGUCCAGGGUGCUGCGUUCAGAUCUGUAUGGAGAGCUGGCCACCUGCUGGCCUCCAGACCCAGGACACCUUAGCCCCAAGAUGGACCCUGAGGCUUCUCUCCUGGGACAGCACCAACCCCAGCAGGACCUCGGCUUCUGUGGACUGUGGUCCACUCUGGAGAAAAGUGCAUCAGAAUCAGGAGUGCGAGAGGUGGGCUUUGGUCAGCUCUGAGGUGACUUCCAUACUCACUGGCUGAAGCCUGAAGUAUUUCUUCUCUUCACUGCCCAGGUCCAGACCUCUGUCAGCAUGCCAGUUCUUGUGACCAAACAUCCUUCAUUAAAGAGAAGCUGCC